AUGAGCCGUGCGGCGCAGGCAGAGGAGCUGGCCCGGACGCUGGCGCGCGCGGCGCGGCGCAACGCGCUCGUGCCACGCGAGGGGCUCCUGCUGCGGCCCCCGUCGGCGCCGAUGUCUCAAAGCGAUCUCGCCGCCGGGAUCGAGAAAAGUCGCGACGAGGCGCAGGGGUUGAGCGGCCUGGUCGAGGGCCUGGCGGGUCACGAGAGCGAGGGGAAGGUUCACACGCGCGCCAAGCUGUACGUCCUGCGCGCCUGCGCGUGCAGGGCGGCCGGCCGGCCGGUCCAGGCGCUCGAGGACAUCCGGCGCGCCGUCGUGUACGCGCGCGAGAGCUCCUGCCGCCUGUGCCGAGCGCACGCGGGGUACGUCCUGGGCAUCCUGGAGGCGGACCGGGGCGCUCAUGCCGUGGCGGUGCUCGCCCUGCAGAGCGCGUGCGAUGCGCGCCCCGAGGAGCCCGCGGCGGGCGUGCGGGCGGCGCGGAAGCUCGCCGAGGUCGUCGGGCGCCUCGACGGCCCCCAGCGCGCCGCGUUCGACGCCGGCGGCGCGGAGGGUCUGCGGCGUCGGCUGGACGUGGAGGCGCACGAGCGCCUCCCGCCGUUCCUGCGGCCGUCGCCGGAGAAGUACCCCUACUACACCGAGUGGACGAGGCAGCGCAUCGCGCAGGCGUGCGGGGCGGAGCUGCCGGAGCCCGUCGUGCGGCGGCUGCUGGCCAUGAACGCCGACGACCUGGAGCUGCAGAUGCAGCACCCGUCGGAGCUGUGUGCGACGGCAGGGGAGCUGGUCGAGGUGCUCGCCGCGCGCGGGGAGGCCGCGCUGAUGGAGACGGAGCCGCGGAGACUGUCGUGGCAGGACGUCCAGCGACUCAAGGGCCCCGUGGUGGGCCUGGGCAUCGCUGCGCCGGCGGACGUCGCUCCCCAGCGCGACCCGCCCGCCCCUGCGGCCGGACGCAUCCGAGCUGUGGCGCACCAGGAGGAGAUGGCGAUGCUGGAGCUGAACAGCCUCGACUAG